CCCCCGAAUCCCCAAUCCCACGCUCCUCUCCCCCUCCCUUCCUCCCCUGGAUCUCCUCCUCCCGCCCCGCCCCGCCGCACCUCCCCGCCCACGGGAGCCCCCGCCGCUCGCCCGUGGGCCCCGCCGCCUCCCGCUCCUCCGCUCCGAGGGCUCCAGGAAGGAGAGGGGAGGGAAAGCUCGAGCCUUUGAUGCCCGGCAGCCGAUGGCGACGCCGGCCGUAGACAAGCCCGACGGGGUGGAGAUCCGCGAGGUGUGGGCGGAGAACCUCGAGGCCGAGUUCGCCGUGAUCCGGGACAUCGUCGACGACUACCCCUACGUCGCCAUGGACACCGAGUUCCCGGGCGUCGUCUGCCGCCCGCUCGGCACCUUCAAGUCCAACGCUGACUUCAACUACGCCACGCUCAAGGCCAACGUCGACAUGCUCAAGCUCAUCCAGCUCGGCCUCACCUUCUCGGACGAGCGCGGCGGCCUCCCCGCCCUCGGCCCGGACGGCCGCCCCUGCGUCUGGCAGUUCAACUUCCGGGGCUUCGACCCGCGGACCGACGUCGCCGCCGCCGACUCCAUCGACCUGCUGCGCCGCAGCGGGAUCGACUUCGCCCGCCACGCCGCCGAGGGGGCUGACUCGCGCCGCUUCGCCGAGCUGCUCAUGUCCUCCGGGGUCGUCCUCAACGCCGAGAUCCACUGGGUCACCUUCCACAGCGGCUACGACUUCGGCUACCUGCUCAAGCUGCUCACCGGCUCCAACCUGCCGGACACCAGCUCCGGCUUCUUCGACCUCAUCAGGAUUUACUUCCCCGUGAUCUACGACAUCAAGCACUUGAUGAGAUUCUGCAACAGCCUCCACGGCGGACUGAACAAGCUCGCUGAGCUGCUCGACGUCGAGCGGGUCGGAAUCUGCCAUCAGGCAGGCUCUGAUUCUCUGCUCACAGCGCUCUCUUUCAACAAGCUCAAGGAGUCAUACUUCGGUGGAUUGACUGAGAAAUAUGCUGGUGUGUUGUAUGGUCUAGGCACAGAGGGCGGGGAAACCACCUCUGUUCACUGAGUACUGGAUAGUUAAAUAAAUGAUGAACUAUUUAUGAGAGAAAAGGAGAAACCUGUCUGCUGAUUGAA